AUGUCUUCCCAACCGGUGUACCUCAGAAUACAGGAAUCGACAAUCCCUUCGGUUGAAAUGUGUCAGAAUGGGUGGAACCUCACCUACAAUUCCAACUUGGCUUAUUCCUCCUCAAAUGAUUCUCGACGGGAAAUCUCCGGUAUAGCACGGGGCCAGUCCGACAGCCUAACAUCUAGAUAUCCCAACACCGCAGUGGACAGAAGAUUACAUUGUCACCCUAAUAAGAAAAUGCCCAGCUCUGAAGGACCAACCCCCAUUCCCAUAACCGUCGCCGAUUUCAAGGAGACUGCGAGACGGCGACUCGACAAGCCAGUAUGGGACUACUAUAAUGCCGGAGCUGAUGGCGAAACCACAAUAAACCGCAACGAGGAGAUCUACAAAGAGUUCGUAUUCAUGGCUGAAGUACAACUUAGCUCUGCCCCAUCUCUAACGCCGACGCAGGGUUUUAUUGCGACCUCAAGUUCUGAGAAAUGUCUCCAACCUGUUGCUCCCACUGCAUAUCAGAAACUGGUGAGCGACGGCGGGGAGAUAGACGUCGCUAGGGCAUGCCAUGCUCUCGGCACCAACUUCAUCCUCUCUACCAAUGCAACGACUGCCAUGGAAGAUGCCAUAGAAGCCCUGCCUCCGCGCGACGAUAAUUAUCCUAGUCCCUGGUUCCAACUCUACUUCCUGGGAGAUCGAAACAUGACGGCAGGGUUGAUUCAACGCGCCGAAGCCGCGGGCUAUGAAGCCCUUGUCCUUACUGUGGAUACAGCUGUCCUAGGCAACCGAUUACCAAUGAGACGAAAUCCGUUUAAACUUCCACCUGGUCUUAGUAUGGAAAAUGUCAAGUCGAGGUCGGCAGGUGGCGUGAACAAAGCCCGGCUGCUUCUGGAGGCGAGAACAGCUGCCGAUGCGAAAAGGGUGGCUCAGGAGCAUACCUCAGCCCUCGUCGACGCAGGUUUAUCCUGGGAUGAAGCCAUUCCUUGGUUGCGAUCUCAAACCAAAAUGAAAAUCGUCCUUAAAGGUAUAAUGACCGCUGAAGAUGCCAUCCGAGCAGUGGACACCGGAGUCGACGCCAUAAUUGUUUCGAACCAUGGUGGAAGACAGCUGGACGGGGUUCCAUCCACCUUGGAGGUGCUCCCCGAGAUUGCAGAUGCAGUGAAGGGCGCAAUACCCAUUCUGUUUGAUGGUGGGAUCAGCAAGGGCAGCGAUGUCUUUAAAGCACUAGCACUAGGGGCGGAUUUGUGCCUUAUAGGUCGGUCGGCACUAUGGGGGCUAGCUUAUGACGGUCAGAGCGGAUUGGAGAAUGUUUUUCAUAUCUUGGAAAGAGAACUUUCUCGCACUAUGGCGCUCAUGGGGGUGGACUCUGUGGCGAGCAUAUCCAGAUCUAUGCUGGGACGAGCUAGAGAGAACGGGUUUGCAUCGACAAUAAGCUACUGCAGCCACCCCGAGCAGACUCGGCUCGGAACCGUGUUUCCCCCCGGUGAAGAUUGGAGUAAAGAUCAGGCCAAGAGAUUAGAUCGCCUUGAAUAG